AUUGUCAUUCAUGUACGUACAUUUAUAUACAUAUAUACAUAUACAUAUACACAUAAAGUCUCAAGUGCACAACAAUAUAAAUGUUCAUGACUUUUGUCAUAAUAAUAUAAUCUAAAGUUUCAGUAGUAGGGGAAAUUUUAUUGGCGACUCUGUUUUACUCCCGUUGUACGUCAAUCAGCAGCGAGUUUUUUUUCUAUCUUAUUUAAUGUCGUCACUUCGUAUUAACACAAGUCAACACUCGUUUACUACAUAUGUGAAUAUACAUUUAUUACAUUAUACAUAUAUUACAUAUAUAUACAUAAAUUUUAGUUGUUUGGAUUUAUUUCGAGCGUAGACGCAUAUCGGAAAGGAAGAGUGACGUGAUUUAAACCGAUAAAUAUUAAAUGUGACUUAAAUUAAUUUAUAUUUUUUUUGUUAUCAGUUAAUUCAAGUUUUUUGAAUUUAAAAAUAAUCAGAAAUUCAUUUAUAAAUAAGUAUUUUGGUAAAAUUUAAAACAAGUGUGCAGUUUUCUGAGUGUUUUUGUUUGUUAACCUAGAAAUAUUAUUUGAAUUUGUUUAUUUAAAUUUGGUAUUUAUGGUUGGUAUCAAAGGAUAGAGAGAUAAAUACUAGAUUAAAUAAUCACAAUAAUAGUGAUUAAAAUAAAUAAAUAAAAAUAAAAAUAAAAACAAGUGGGCAAAGAAACAUGUGAUGCGACUUUUACGAAACGGCAUUGCAUGGUUGAGAUGCAUUAUACGUCGAUAUCCCACGAUUUGUCUGGUGAAUUUUUUUCUUCACACAAAGGAUCCAAAGAUAAAUAUUUUGCCAAUGAUACUAACUCCUUCAGUGGUAACUUGUUACCUGGUGACAUGAACCAAGGCGAUAAAAAUUACAAGGACCGUAAAGAACACAAAGAAAAAUAUCGGCCGUACCGGAAAUACUCAGAGCUGACACCACCAACUCAACAUUCCUAUGAUAAUUAUGGCAAUUCGUUGGCAAGUAAGUCAAAUUCAUUACCAGGACGAUGUAAUACGACAUUACAUGGAUCCGAACCACUUGUGGCGACUGGAAUUGCACCAGAAGAUCUUGCAACCCAGUUAACACUUUUAGACUUGAGUGUCUUCAAAGCAAUAAGACCCGAAGAGCUGUCAAGUUGCUCGUGGAAUAAAAAAAAUAAACUCUUAGUUGCUCCAAAUGUCGUAGCAUUUACGCGACGAUUUAAUCAUGUCAGUUUUUGGACAGUCCAGGAAAUUCUUAAUUUUUCAACGCCCAAACAGAGAUCGGAAAUGAUUGCGCACUUUAUUCGGGUCGCUAAGAAAUUAUACGACUUGAAUAAUAUGCAUUCAUUAUUUGCUAUUAUAUCCGGUCUACAAAGUGCUCCAAUAUAUAGGCUCAAUAAAACUUGGGCAUGUAUUUCGAAAAAAGAUAAAUGUACAUUUGAUAAACUUGCUGAAGUAUUUAGUGAUAAAAAUAAUUGGACUAAUUUACGUGAACAUAUGGAGACACUUAAAUUACCAUGCAUUCCUUAUCUUGGCUUAUUCCUUACUGAUCUUGUAUAUAUUGAUAUGGCUCAUCCACCAUCUAAAAACAAUGAAAAUCAUCAGCGUGCUAUUAAAAUGAACACUGUAUUAACAAGAGUAACAGUUUUUCAAGCAAGUGAAUAUCCUGGAAUAAUUCCAUUACCUGAUGUCCAAAGAUAUUUAAAUAAUGUUCGUUAUAUUGAAGAACUGCAAAAGUUUUUAGAAGACGAUCAUUUCAAAUUGUCAAUAAAACUUGAGCCAAACUCACCGGUUGCUUCAUCAAGCAGUAGUAAAGAGUCUGUGGGAGAUGUUGUAACAGGUGUAGCUGCACUGUCAUUGUCUCCAGCACGUGGUUGCGCGGGAUCUUUAAGAUUACACGCAGCCUCAGCUGCUAAUAAAUUCGUUCCUGGUCAUCGUAAAUGUCGAAGUUUAGGAACAAAUAUAUUUGGUAAAUCAAACGUAACACCUGUGGAAACAAGUCAAGUGACUGUUCGUCAUCUACUAGAUGAUUCAGUGCUAGAAGAGCCUCAUUUGAUAUCACCGACUGUUGAUAUUGAUCAGAAUUCACCAGAGACUCCUGUUGAUUCACUUAAUGAUGACUGUAGUUUACUAUCUCGUGUCAGUACACUUCCUAUUUUACCUUGUGAAAUUGAUGGUGUAAUGGAACCACGAUGUUCAAUGCAAGGGUCAUUAAGACGCAAAGUUGUUCUAAGAGAUGGUAAAAAACCCGCUGUCUCUACCUGGCAGAGAUAUUGGAUCCAAUUGUGGACGACGUCGAUCGUAUAUUUUUCCCCGAAAUGUUUCAAAGGAUGUGAUAGAUCAGAUUUUAAACGCGAGCCAUAUAAAAUGGUAUCGAUAUUAGGUUGGAUUGUUGAGUAUGGUGAUAGUAUAUUUCAUCGAGACACAUUUCUGUUGACUGAUCCUAAUAAAGGUAAUGUUUAUAAAUUUCGUGCUGGAUCAAGUGAAUACGCAGAGCAAUGGGUGAAAGAGCUUCGCGCGAUCGUAAGAGGAGUGAUUGAUAAAAAACCAAUUCCCGCAAAUCUCAUGUCUUUUGAGUAAAUUAUUAUUUUUUUUAAGUUAUCAUAAUUUUCACAUACAGCUCAUACAAAUAAUAAUAAUAAUAAUAAUAUAUUUGAUGCUUGAUAUUUCAUGAUAUUGCCAACGCGUGCGCCGUAAAAAAAUUAAAUUAAAAAUUAAUAACGAAAAUAUAAUAAUUUGCUUAUUAUAAACAUUAAAAGCAGUGCUAUGUAUCACAAUGUGUGUGCUAAUAGCUUUGCGAGAGCCUAAAUUAUUACGUAUUAAUUUGUAUUAGUAACUUUUAUGUUCUCUCGUAUUUAAUUUUAAAAUUCAUAUACUUUAUAUAAUUUAAUUGACAUCAUAAAUUAAUAGAUAACACUGCCAGAUUUAUUGAGAUAAAAAAUUGAUUUAUUAUUUAUUUAUUUUUAUCAUUUAAUAGUCAGGAAUUUAUUUUACUAUAUAUUACAUAUAUUUUUUUGUAGAAUAAAUUGAGCUUUUUUGGCAAUCAAUAACUUGUAGAGCAAUAACUUUUUUAUUAGAUCUAGGUGUAAUUAAUCGGCUCAAUUUUUAAAUGCUCUCUAAAUUCAUUUUUUUUUUUUUUAUUAUCUACAUAAUCACUAACAUGCUCAAUUACAAUAGACAUUUAUUUAUUAAUAAUAAAUAAAUUAAUAUCAAUAUUUUUUAUUUAAUGAAAGUAAUUACGUAAUUUAUUGUCUUUUAUAAUUUUAUAAUUAUAAAUUUAUGAAAAUAAAUAAUUAUUAAAUGAUAAUUAAGUUGACAAAUUGAGCCGGUUGUAAUUUAUUUUCGCUUGUUCGCAUAUAUCUAAGACUGUCAAUUAUAUUAAUAACACAAGCGACUGUAAACCAGAUGAUAAAAACUAUCAAUAAUUAAAUUUUUUGAGACUAAAUUUACAUGUAACUUUUAAAAAAAAUCUUUCGAUUUAAAUUUAUUAAAAUUUCAUUAAAUAUUUAUUCAUAGAAAAAUCAUCGUACUUGUAAAUUAAACAGUUAUACGAGAGAUAAGAAUGAAUUAUUAAGUAUGUUUGUGAAAAUAAAUUACACAGAAAAAAAUUAUUUCUGAGGACAAGUAAAGAUUUUUUUAGGGAAAAUAAAAAUUCUUUUUUGACAAGAAAUAAUUUUUUUUUUUGUGUAAAAUUUAUUAAUAAUUAGAAAUUAUAAUAACAAAAUAUUUAUAAACUGUUUAAAUACCAAAGGAUUAAGUUGUAAUUUUUGAAAUGUGUAAAUUCGAUAACUUCUUUACAGUAUUGACGGCAAAUUAUAUCUGAACCCAAACAAGAAUUUAAUAAUAAUAAUUAAAAAAAAAAUAUUCAUCUUUGCUAUUAGCUUGCCUUUUUAAACGGCAUAUCAUUAGAUUUAAUUGUAUUAAUUGAUUAAGUGUGAACAAAAAAAGAAAUAUCAUAACUGUCAAUGAAUAUCGUACUUUUAAACCAGCGAAAUUAACAUCUUUUUGGUUAUACUAAAAUUUAUUAUUGCUUUCAUUAAAUCUAAUAUGUCAGUGUCAUAUUUAAGACCAAAAAAAAAAAAAAAAAAAAAAAAAACAAAAAAACAGAAUUUUAUAUUUGUACUGUUGAAAUUUUUUUUAGGAGUUUAUAAAUCUGUCUUGCCUGAAAAAAAUCUUAUUGUUUCAAAAGUUCUGCAUUGGUUUAUCUAAAGCAAUAAUCUAUCUCUAGUUUUAAAUUAAUCAAUAUUAUUAUUGAAAUUAUGUGUCAUUUGCUUCAUUGUAUAAACAAAAACAUAUCAUAAUAUUUUUUUUUCAAUGUAAUUAAUAAAUUACCAUGUUCGAGAGGUUAAGAAAAUUUAUUGGUUGGCAAUGCAGCCGAAUAUAACCGAAGACAGUCGAAUAAAAUCUUCGACUGCUGAAUAUGGCCGGAGAAAGUCGAGUAGAGUCGGUAACUGCCGAAUAAAUCCGAAGGCAGUCAAACAAUACAACAUUUUGAAACGUAACCAAACUUUUUUGAUUAAUAAAAUUUCAUUUUUCAAAAUUUGACAUGACAAUUAAAAUUUUUAAAUUUAAAAAUUAUUUGAACUGAUAAUAUUCAAUUAAUUAAAGUUAUUUUUUUUUAAUGUUAUUGUCAUUGAUCAUUUUCUCGAUUAAUUGAAAAUUUUCUUGGUACAAACAAAAUAAUCUUCAAAAUUAUGAAACAAACAAACCGAUAAAAUUUCAAAUUUAAGAUUUACUUCGGUAACUUUGUCAAUUAGCAAAUUUUCUUAACCAAAAAUCUUGAAUCUAAACGAGAAUUUUAAAUCAAUUGUCUAAUCUAAUUCAUAAUUUAUAAGGCCACGCUUUUUUUAAACAAAAAAAAAAGGUUUUGAAUGAAUGAGAGGCUGAUUAAACUAAAGUCAAUUAAAUUAAAUUAUACUAAUUUUUUUACUGAAUGAUGUGAAAAUGGUUACAAAAUUGAUAACAAAACAUAUGCGGUCAUAAAUUAAAAAUUAUUAUCUCUAUUCUACACUAAUUGCAGUUGUAAUUUUUGAAAUUAUUGUAAUUAUAUGUUGAGUUAUUAUACUUUUGUGUACGUACUAUUAUUUAGUUUAUUGUUUUAGUAACGAUGCCAAAAAAUAUAUUAAUGUUGCUCUA